AUGCUUUCUUCGGCCUUGGGGGAGGCUGGCGUCUUCCAUUGCGAAAAAUGUGCCUUGGCUUCGGGGUCAUUCACCACCUGUUAUGACCGUUUAUUUAAUUUCUUUCUUUCUUUCAUUUUUUCUUUCCUUCCUUCCUACUUUAACACUUUCUUUCUUCCUCGUCUUUUGACUUCUUACUUUCUUUCCUUCUUUUCUUUCUUUUCUCCAUCUUUCGUUCUUUCUUUCCUUUCUUCCUCCUCUUCUGGCUUCCUUCCUUCUUUCCUUCCUUCCUUCCUUCCUUCCUUCCUUCCUUCCUUUCUUUCUUUCUUUCUUAUCUCUGAUUAUUUUCCCCUUCUCUCUCGCCUUUCGUCUAUUCAUUCUCUAAGCCACUCAUCAUUUAUUCAUUCCUUCUUCAUUUAUUUAUUUUGUGUGUUUCCUUUUGACUGGAUAACUUCUUUUUUUCCCCCUAUUUCCUCGCUUUCUUUCUAUUCUUUCUUCAUCCCUUCUUUCUUUCUUUCUUUAUUUCUUUCUUUCUUUCUUUCUUUCUUUCUUUCUUUCUUUUUCUUCCCUCUACUUCCAUUCUCUUAUUAUUUUGUUUUUACCCACUGUCUCUUUCUCUUUUUGCUAUUUUUUUCUUUCUUUCUUUCUUUCUUUCUUUCUUUCUUUCUUUCUAAUUCUGCCUUGUUCAUGUCUCUCUUUCUUUUUUCUUUAUUUCGGAUUUUCCUCAUCCAGUUUUCUUCUCACCUUUGUUUCUAUUCUUUCUUUCUUUCUUUCUUUCUUUCUUUCUUUCUUUCUAAUUCUGCCUUGUCCAUGUUUCUCAUUCUCUUUUCUUUUUUUCGGAUUUUCCUCAUCCAGUUUUCUUCUCAACUUUGUUUCUAUUCUUUCUUUCUUUCUUUCUUUCUUUCUUUCUUUCUUUCAUGCUCUGCAUCCUUGACAAUCUUUUUCUUUCUAGUUAACUUUUCUGGUUUUUCCUUCCUUCCUUUUCGUUUUCUCUUCCUUAUUUCCUUCCUUCAUCAAUUUCAUUCUUUUUUUUUUUUCGUUUGCUUUAUUGAUUACCUUCUUUCGAUUUUUCCCCUCGUCUCUCUAUCUAUCUCUCUCUAUAUAUAUACAUUAUUUAUUUUCUUACUUUCUCGCCUGCCUUCUUGUCUUUCUUUCUGUCUGUCUUUCUUUCUUUCUUUAUUUAUUUAUUUAUUUAUUUGUCCCCUCUUUCCGUCUUUCUUUCUUCCUCCGUUUCUGCUUUCUUUCCUUUCUUCAUUGUUCUUUCUUUCUUUCUCCUCUUCUUCCUCCCUUUCUUUCUUUCUUUCUUUCUUUCUUUCUUUCUUUCUUUCUUUCUUCCCGCCAUACUUCUCUCUUUUUCCCUCCUUCAUCCUUUCUUUCUUCCCUCCAACCGUAUUUCCUUCUUCCACCGUUUCUGUUUUACUUUCUUUCUUUCUUUCUUUUUCUUUCUUUCUUUCUUUCUUUCUUUCUUUCUUUCUUUCUUUCAUAGUUAAUUUUUCUCUCUUCCUUUCAUUCUUCCUUCCGUCUUCUUUCUUUCUUUCUUUCUUUCUUUCUUUCUUUCGUUUCUACCAUUUUUCUUUCUUUUUCUUCUUCUUUUCCUUUUAUUUCUCUUCUUCUCUAGAUUAUUUGUCAAUUCAAAGCCGAACAAAUUCAACUUGA